UGAUUGGGUACAAUAAAUCUUUUAAAAAUAUUAGAAAUCGUUGUUCGUACUCGAAAAUUUUGCUGACCCCUCAGUUGCAUUUGGACGUUGGCAGGGCUGGGUGGUGUUGUGUUGAUGAGUUCGUUCUUAUUUACUCCGUCUCUAUAACUUUUUUGUUAUUGAGUGUUAAGAUACGCAUAAUAUAAUAUGACUGGGCCUCAAAAAGUAGUACUACUGGCCUGUGGGUCUUAUAAUCCGCCCACGAAUUUGCAUCUUCGAAUGUUCGAACUUGCUCGAGAUUAUUUACAUCGGACCACCAACUUUCAUGUGAUUGCUGGCUUGAUUUCCCCUGUACAUGAUAAGUACGGUAAAGAGGGACUGGCAGGCAGCAAUGACCGCUGCCAAAUGGUGCGCCUAGCCUUAACUUCUUCAACCUGGAUCCAUCUCUCAGACUGGGAGACCCGACAGGAAGAAUGGACACCAACUCGUGAAGUACUGCAGUAUCAUCAGAGAUUAAUUCGGUCACACCUAAACCACCUCCGUCCCUCCAAUGACCCCAAGAAGAUGGACCUGAUGGACAGCGCUGUAAACGGCAACUUGGACGGGUCGGUGAAGCGGCAGCGUAUGGACAACUCGGUGCCGUGGCUGUCACACCUGACGACCGCCCUCAGCAGCGUGGGGAGCGGCGGAGGGGGGCGGCACCUGCAGCAGGAUCCGGUGACCGUGAAGCUCCUGUGCGGGGCAGACCUGCUCGAGAGCUUCGGCAAGCCCGGCGUCUGGAAGGAGGAAGAUAUUGAAAUGAUUGUGGGCAAGUUCGGAAUCGUGGUGGUGACUCGGGAGGGCAGCAAUCCGUACAAGUUUAUCUACGAGUCCGACACUCUCUCAAGACUUCAGCGCAACAUCCACAUCGUGACGGAGUGGAUCAGCAACGACGUGAGCUCGACGAAGGUGCGUCGCGCGCUCAAGCGGGGCGAGAGCGUCAAGUAUUUGCUACAGGACCCUGUCAUUGACUUCAUACAGAAGCACGUGCUCUACGACACCCACAACAAUAAGUAUACAGUGACCCCAUCAGUUCUAACCCCGUCUCCUAAUCCAGAGACAGACGUGCUCUUGCCACCUCCCAAUUUUACCAUAUCACAACAACCACAGAAACACGUUAUGCAGCACCACAAAAUGAAACAGCAGGCACAACAGAUACAAGACCACCAACAUCUCACUGCUACUCUCACACGCCAACACGCGCGUCAGAACAGCACACCAAGUGACAUGGAACAAGAUACACCGCCUGGGCUCUCGCCAGCCGCAGACCUUUCGCCUGUGCCGCACCCUGCGCCUGUCAUUCGUCUGUAUCCUGGUCAGGCGCGCCCUGUAAAGCAGCGUACCGGUGAGGUAGGUGGGGCUGCUGCUGGGGGAGGCAUGGUGCCUGGUACCCAGCAGCAGCGUGGUCAACAGAAUACCAUUUGGCGAGAUCACCAGAGCACUACACAAAUGAAUGCUGUCACUGCCUCACUCUCUUCUUCUGCACUGACGCCUACGCACAUCGGGGUCGAUAGGCUUCUCGAGUCCACUAAAAAAGAGCUCUCGGCUAUCGCUGCCAAGUCGUCUAACACAGAUUAUAUGUCUUCACUGAGCACGGGAAAGAGUAAAAAAAGCACUGGCAGAACAAACCUCAUGCAAUCUUCUAGUGAACCCACGCCUAUGCUUUUCAAAUCGCACUCUGUCUCUCCUAAGAAGGGAUCUUCUCCUCUUCCAGAUGCUACGUCUAAGAAAAUAUUUGCCAACCAUAAUCGCUCCAAGUCGAGUGUUUCACUCAAACCAGAAAGGGCUUAUGAUCUUAAUCAAAAUGCAUCAGAUGAUCUAGUCGUCCGCUUCCGCGAUAACUACACCCGCAGUUUGAGCACGGGUUCCACCAACAUAUACGAGCUCCUUUCUCGGACCCGAGAAAUUUCUCCCAGCCACACCGAAAUAUGCUUGACUCACGUACCGUCGCGUCAUUACGAAAAACCCAUCGGGCCACGGAGCCGUAACGGUGACAGGCUCUUCACUUCUCGAUCCCUCGAGAGACCUUCCACCCCACGAAUGGAUCGCUCACUGUCCCCGCCUCGUAAGGUGGCUUCGCUGCCCAUAUCUCGCGGACGAUCCCGGGAACGUUCUCCGAGUCCAUACCAAUUAGAACCGCGCCGCAGCAUCGACCUUCAACUCGGCUCUAAACGGAGCUCCAUAAACUACGACGAUCUUGAAAUGGAGCUGCGCUGUCUUCCUCGCGCUCUCACUCACGAAGAGGAAAUAAACAUGAUAAUUCAGGGCGAGUCUGCCAACUAUCUGCGCAUGGCAACCCCUGACUCGUUCCCUGCCAUAGACGCGCCGUCGUCGGAAAGCGUCGUGUCCAACGAGUCUGAAUAUGAAAUGAGGUUUUGACUCCGUCGGCCGGUUGGUCGGUCGACAAGU